AUGACCAUCAUGAAACCGGGCCCUGAAGACGAGCCCCAGCUGAACCUAGGCAAGAAGAUAAGCACAGCCCAGGACCUGAUGAUUGAGGAGCUCUCCCUGAAGAACAACCGUGGCUCCCAGCUCUUCCAGCAGCGCCAGAGGCGGAUGCAGCGCUUUGUCUUUGAGCAUCCCAGCAGCUCCAGGGAGCUCCCAGGGCCAGGUGGCUCACACUGCACUGAGAAAGGUGAUUCAGACAGAACAGCGAACGAACGAACGGCAGGGGAGAAUGCUGAGGGCCAGCAGAACUAUCACUCCGAGCUCCACGUGGCAGCAUCGCCCCACGGAGGACCUCCUGAAGUGCCCAAGAAGACAGAGAAAGUCUUACACAUGAGCAAAGUCUUGAACCCCAGUGCCCUGGCCCCAGGGUACUCGAGCCCCCUCAAAGAAAUCCCCCCGGAGAAAUUCAAUGUCACUGCCAUCCCCAGGGGUUACCAGUCCCCGUGGCAUGAGCUCUUCAGCGACAAGGUUGAUGCUGUGUAUGGCCAGAACCAGCCACCCAUGAGACCCCCUGCAUGGGACUUCAGGAGCUUCAACAGGACUCCGGCCCCGUUUGACAAGGCACUGGUUGGUGAGCUGUUCUCCAUGCCCACCAUAGACCUGGAUAACCUGAGCGUGCUGGACGUGAUUUCUCACAGGCCCAACUUCAACAGAGUGGCACAGGGCUGGGUGCGGAUCCUGCCGGAGAGCGAAGAGCUGUAG